UUCUGAAAUUAUAUUUUUGGGAAUGUUCGGGAGGGGGAAUACCCAGUUAAUUGCAUGCAUCUUCUUUCAUUCGCCGGCGUCACUUUUUUGCUUUUUAUUUUACUCUAGAGAUUCUAGUGUAGAAAUGGCUGCCGCUAGCAGACAGCGCAAAUCGAAACAAAGUAAAGGUUCGCUUUCUUCAAAGAACGACUCUGGAGUUUCAUCAAAGAAAAACCAAGGGACAUGGAAUCUUUCAUACCUACUUGUUCUGGGUGUUUUAGCACUCAUUGUCAGUGGCCUCCACAGGGCUCACGUGUCAAAUCUGUUUGAAAGUGACCGUCAUUUCUCUCAUUUGUCCACCCUUGAACGGGAACUGGCAUUCCGCACUGAAAUGGGUUUAUACUUUUCUUACUUCAAAACGAUGAUCACUGCUGAUUCUGUCCCUGAUGGCCUUCACCAAAUCAUGCGGGACAACAUCACAGAGUACCCCAGUACCAUCAACACUCUCAAGAGGUUCAACCUGUAUCCAGAGGUUAUUCUUGGUUUUGCCUAUCGUUUCUACGUCACAGUUAGUGACCUUAUGGGCCACCAGACAAAGUCCUGUUGGACUGUCAACAGGGGGGAAAACCUUAGCCCUGUGCAGAGUUGUGAAGGUUUAGGAGAGCCAGCUUACUUCUAUGUGGAAGCUGUCUUCCUCUUGAAUGGCCUAAUGAUGGGAACAUUUUUCCUCUUUGGAACAUAUCUCAGUGACAGUAUCUUUGGUGGUCUCAUUACUGUGGCCUGUUACUUUUACAACCAUGGAGAGUGUACCCGUGUUCAAUGGACUCCACCUUUGCGGGAAAGUUUUGGUUAUCCAUUCUUCAUUCUGCAAAUGUUUCUUGUCACCAUAGUGAUCAAGAACCACAAAUCUUCUCUGAAAUAUGCUUUUUUGAUAGCAUUUGCUCAACUCGCCUUCAUGCUUUCAUGGCAGUUUGCUCAGUUUGCACUGCUCACCCAAACACUGGCUGUUUUUGGAACUUAUGUCUUACAAUUCAUUUCAUCACUGACAUUCAGAACCAUUCUGCUGGGACAGACCAUCGGAUUGAUGUCUAGCUUUAUUCUAUUAUUUGGAAAUGAAAUGCUUUUGACGUCAUUCUUUGCAUGUGCAAUAAUUGCUGCCUGGUUUGUGGUUCUCCUAGAUGGGUAUCUUGCUAAACUGCCUCACUGGACCCUUAGAUUGGUGUCUCAAGGUGUGAUAUUUCUGGUGGCAGCCCUGGCCUUGAAGUUGAUCAUUGGAAAGCUCUUGCAGUUAGAGGAUGAUGCUCACAUUGGAGAAAUAUUUAAAAGCAAGUUCACAGAUUUCCAGAACUUCCACACCAUGUUGUACACUUGUGCAAAAGAAUUCGACUUCAUUGAAGCAGAGACUUUGAAAAAGCUUUUCCAAACCCUUUUGAUUCCAAGUGCAGCUAUCGCCUUGCUGAUGGUGACUUUUCGUUUACUGAAGGCAGAAGUGAGCUCCUCAAGUGAGGAACAAAGCAAAGGAGAAAAUGGCACCUCAAAGUAUGACAGUUCAAAGACAAACUAUCAAUCAAAGCCUAACGCCGAUUUAGUCUACCACUCUCUACAACUGUUGGCGUUCACUGCAAUGGCACUACUUAUAAUGAGGCUAAAACUGUUUUGGACACCUCAUUUGUGCCUGUAUUCUGCACUACUCGCCUCACGACAGAUCUUUCCCCUGGGGUCUAAAAGUACCCAUUUUGCCGCCCUCAUUGCCCUUCUUGCUGUCAUGGGAUUUUACGGAGUUGCAAAUAUCCAACACCAGAGGGGCAUAGUGGGAGAAUUCAGUAAUCCUGCUCAAGAAGAACUGGUGGAGUGGAUCAAGGCAAAGACACCAUCAGACGCCGUCUUUGCUGGAGCAAUGCCGACCAUGGCAACUGUAAAGCUGUGUACACUGAGACGAAUUGUGAAUCAUCCCCACUAUGAAGACGCUGGUCUGAGGGCAAGAACAAAACUAGUGUACAGCAUGUAUAGUCGGAAGCCAGUGCUAGAGGUCAAAGCAAAUCUGAGGAGUCUUGGGGUGGAAUAUGCUGUGCUUGAGUCCUCCUGGUGUUCAAGAAGAUCAAGACCCGGAUGUUCCAUGCCUGAAAUAUGGGAUCUUGAAGAUGUGCAAAACCGAAAUGCCAGUCCUGCUUGCCAGUUACUGAGUAAAAAGCCAGAGCCCCAUUUCAAGCGCGUGUUUAGGAACAAUGUGUAUGAAGUUUUGAAGCUGACAUAAUUGUGAGGUUGAUGAACAGAGAUUCUGUAAAUUAAAGAAACAUCACAUCAAUUGCCAUUUAUAUUUUGAAAACUAUGCGCAGCAAGGACAACAAUGUUGGUGAAAACUUUUCAUUUAUCACUUUGUUCUCUUUUUGCUUUGAAAUCCAUUCCAAACAUAUCUGGUGAGUAAGAUGAGUUCAGCCCUCGACAAUGUGACAGUGAUAACAGAUGGCUUGGGUUUCAAAGAUUUGUGAAUUUUGCCGUCUGUAUUUGUUUUGACUUCGAUCAAGUCAAAUUGGUUCUGUUUGUGUCGCAACAGAAAAAUUCCCCAACAAUUUACGGCCUUCACAAAAGUAAAAUGAGUCGUGUGGUUGGUAUCCGACUCUUAACUGUGCUUGUGCCUGGACUCUGAUUUUGAAAAAAGUAGAAUAAACGUAAUUUCAUUCUUA